CCCACGAUCAGGAGGAAAGGGUCAGAGAAGCACUUCGACAAGCAGCUAUAGCACGUUUCUUCAGUCUCCAACCCCAACUUUCGCUUGAGCUUGAAUUUUUAACACUAGAAUUACUGUUAUUACAUUAACUGUGGAUGAAUUUGGCUGACAGCUGUUUUUUUUGUCGUCGUUAAGAAGGAGCGUUUUGUUUUUACCAGAUUCUAGAAGCAGCGGAGUACCUCAACUAGCGGCAGCUAUUACGAGGCUAUAGCACGCUAGCUAACGCUAGCUAGCGAUCUGGCUAGCUGCACACGAGCUGAGCACUGCUCGCUGGUGGGGUGGGGGGGCGGUUUGCCUACAGUGCCGUUUGAUGGAUCCGAGAAUCGCCUGGUUUCAACCAGAACAACGUGGACCAGCUAACAACCUGUGGAUGCAGAUUUGGGAGACGACACAAGGACUCGGGUACUUGCAUGUAAAUAACAGCUUCACCACUGGAUCUCAGAGCCUGAAAGCGAUCGUGAACGGGGCGUCGGGAGCUGUCCCCACCAACAGAAACGGGGUACUUGACUCAAACACCGGUAGCGGUGAAGCCAGGACUCAGGGGAUGUCGACCUCAAUGGGGAACGGAGAGAUAACGGAACAACGGGACUUUAUACCACUGGAAACCAAUAGCAACCAUAACAACCGAGCCACUGGCAGGGGCGGUGUCGUUGGAGGGGGGCAGCAGCAGGGCAGCGGGGUCGCUGUGCUGUGGAAGGGACAGACGGACGGACACCCCAACAAAAGGAAAAGAGACAACAAAGCUAGCACUUUCGGAUUCAAUUCCAGCCUCUUGAACAGUGGCAGCGGCUUCAGCACAGGGGGCUACGACGGUUACACGGGCACGCCAUGGAAAGUAAGGAACUACUCUGAAGGAAUCAUCGGGUUGCAUGAGGAGGUCAAUGACUUCUACGAAUACAUCUCCCCACGGCCAGAGGAGGAGAAGAUGAGGCUGGAGGUGGUGGACAGAAUAAAGGGAGUCAUCCAUGACCUGUGGCCCAGUGCUGAGGUCCAAGUGUUUGGGAGUUUCAGCACAGGUCUUUAUCUACCAACAAGUGACAUUGACCUGGUAGUGUUUGGAAAGUGGGAGACCCUCCCCCUCUGGACGCUAGAAGAGGCUCUCCGGAAGAGGAAUGUUGCAGAUGAGAACUCCAUCAAAGUUUUGGACAAAGCAACAGUUCCCAUCAUCAAACUGACAGACUCCUUUACUGAGGUCAAAGUGGACAUCAGCUUUAAUGUGAAGAGUGGUGUUAAAGCUGCUCGACUCAUCAAGGAAUUCAAAGAGAAAUAUCCAGUACUGCCUUACUUGGUCCUCGUGCUGAAGCAGUUCCUACUGCAGAGGGACCUCAAUGAAGUCUUUACUGGUGGAAUUGGGUCCUACAGUCUCUUUCUUAUGGCUGUCAGCUUUCUGCAGCUUCACUACAGGGAGGAUGUGUGCAGUCCCAACAUCAACAUUGGUGUUCUCCUUAUUGAAUUCUUUGAGCUCUACGGUCGCCACUUUAACUACCUGAAGACGGGUAUCAGGAUAAAAGACGGAGGUUGCUACGUUGCCAAAGAUGAGGUUCAGAAAAACAUGAUGGAUGGUUACAGGCCCUCCAUGCUCUACAUUGAGGACCCUCUGCAGCCAGACAAUGACGUUGGUCGCAGUUCAUACGGUGCCAUGCAGGUGAAGCAGGCAUUUGACUAUGCCUAUGUGGUGCUCAGCCAUGCUGUGUCCCCAAUUGCCAAGUACUACCCCAACAAUGAAACAGAGAGCAUACUUGGACGAAUAAUCCGAGUAACGCAGGAGGUGGAUGAAUACAGGGAAUGGAUCAGAAAGAACUGGGGGAGCCCGUCACAUAAUGAUUUGCCACUAAACAGAAAUGAUGUCACACUGUUUGAGUCCCAGCAGCUGGACGAGUGCAACAACAAUGUCCCGAAUGAUGAUGAUGAUGAUGAUGACGUUGUUGUUGUUUUGCCGUCAGCGCCCCACAGCAAAACCUCAUCCAACUCCUCCUCCCCAUCACCUUCAUUGCGUUCCUCUCCCUCCUCCUCCCCACUGUCGCCUUCUUCCACAUCCUCCACGUCCAGCUCCAGCGAUGCGGACUCUGAUGGCACGCCGUGUAAGACAGCCAAGCAGCAGUCCAGCCGGAGCUCCAGCACUCACAGAGAAAAGUCUGCUGCUGUCAAUAAUCACCGAACACAGAGCCACAAAACCAGCACUCCAUCUGGAAGCAACAAAGGAGGAAAGGCCAGGACGUCUCGUUCCCACCAUAAAAAUGGCCAUCACGGGCAGCAGAGCUCCUCCUCCAGCACCAAAAGUCAUCAGAGCAACAAACCACAUCACCAGGGCAACAGCAAGAAGAGGAAAAAUGUGAGGGACUCUACACAGGAUGACCUCUGCAGAUAGGGGUGACCUCGCCCGUCCCCCCCUCACCCCUCUUCCCCGUCCUUGUCUUCAACUGACUGACUGUCCUGUCCCACAUCUGCUGCCAGACUCCAGCCUCAGGAGGUUGAUAGAAGUAUUAAAACAUCUGCAGUGUCUGUCUCUCUGUCAAGCUUGUGAGGUGACAAGCAACAGUUUCUAGCAGGAAAAAAGAACAAAAAAAAAAAACAGAUUGUAAUAGGAAAUGGGUUUAUUUUCUUGGACCUGAACUGAAAUCAUAAAGGAUAAACGCACAUUCGCUUCCUAAGAGCCUCUUUUAUGAAGUGGUUUUUCCUUCCCACGGCCAGCACCUACUACACAACAUGGCUUUGGUGCCUCCUGCUGUUUAAGAAUAGACAUGUCAGGGGUCUGGAAACUGCACUACAGCAAUACAUGGAACUGCUGGCUGGAGAAUAGGAACAAAAAUGGUAUUAAAAAAAGAUGUGGCUUAAAAUGUACAAAAACAAAACAAAAAUUUUGAACAAAAGGCAAAUAUCUACACAGUUUUUUUAAUGGUAACUUACAAAUGCAAUCAGUAAGAGAGAGACAUAACUUAUGCAUGAGAUUGUUUUUGUUGGUUGAUUUUUCUGUUUGUUUAAUCUGUUUCUUUAUGUCUCAACAGGUUAUACAAAGAUUUGUACAAAAAAAAAAUUCAAAAGCAAAAAAAUGGUUAAAAAAACAAGUAAGAGGAAAAUGUUUCAUAUGACCUUUUUACAAGAUAUACCGAUUGAAGACAUGUAAACAUGCACAUGUUGUGCUUGCAGCUUUUUGGCCAAAGCCGAGAGCUGGUUUAGGUCUCAUUGCCAACAUAAAUCAUCAGCAUCUACUUUUACUCCUGAUUGCUCUCUGAGAGUGUGCUACAGUGUUAACAGUUAGCCUUUAGUGAGCCAGUGCUCACAUACAGCCCUAUAGAUGUCUGGAUGGAACCCAAUAGCACAGCCACAGUGUAGAUGCUUUAAAGUUAAAUAAUAAGGAUGAAUGAUAAUGGUUUUUAUUGAAAAAUCCUACACUUGAAAAAAUGUGUUACCAGUACAAACCGUGGGUGAUAAUCUGUUCCUUUGGUGAUUUACCCACUACAGAAUCAUUUGUAUUUGUCAAAUAUAUUUAUUUUUUAUUAAUUAUAUGCAUAUAUAGUAUGGAUAAAUGUAUAAUUACCAUUGGAGCCCGUACCUUUGAGUCCUAUAUUUGAAAUAUGAGUGGGGAGAUGUGGUGGGAAGAAAUAUAUUCUGGUACAGCAAUGCCACCUUAAAUAUUUCUUUUGGUUGUUUUUUUUUUUUUUUUCCAGUGACAGUUGAGUGACCAAGUUACUUUGCAAAGUUUAAAGAGACCAUUUAACAAGUUCUCGGUGAGAAUUUUGUUUUAAUAUGUGGCUGGUCUACUUACUUCAAAAGGGAGCUGAUUUGUAUUUUAUUUUCUAAAACUAUCCUAGAUACAAACACUUGGUACCCCCACCCUCUGUUGGUGCAGUACAUCUACUAACCUGUAGAUGGAGUUAUUGCUUUAAGUCCUGAUCCCACGGAGUUUAGGCUUGUAUACUGCAUUUGGAUGUUGGAAAUAUCUGCAUUAUUUUCUGUAAUUGACUGUCAUCUAAAUGAGCAGCUGCAUAAACAAAGAACUUAAGCUGAGUGCUUGCUGGGGGUAUUCAGUCACCAAAGCACACCACAAUCCCUUUUUAUUAACUCUCUCUGAAAUGUGACAAAAUCGCACACAAUAAAACAAAAUAGGAGCCAGCAAUAAGUACCACUUCACAUUCUAUAUUUUCACUCUACAGCAGCUAAGAGAUAUCAUGCGAGCGAGUUUAAUCUCCUGUGUUUGGACAGUAAAGCACACUUGAUAAAUCAACGCUUGAACACAGCUUGCUUGUAUUAAAGUAUGAAAAGAAAGAAUGGUUUUGUCCCCCUCCCAUAUCUCAUUGCUACAGUAAAGGGUUAAAAUGCAGUAUAUAAGCUCUGGUCUCGUGGCAGACGGGCAAGGAGAAAAAUGAAUGAAGUUAGCCGUGCCAUCUGAAUGUCCACUGACCAUCUCUCUUCACUGCAGGAAGGCUUCAAACCCAACUGUACUCAUCUGAGACGUUUCUCUGCAGCUACAAUUCAUGCAAUAAAACGGUUCAAUUCAA